CCUUUUCCACCCACGUCUCGGUUUUCUCUUCUCAGUGAAUACUUCUGGUCCAGGAAAAGGUCAGCAGUGGAAGUUGCUGCUUCCUACCUUGCUCUCAAGUACGGCUGUCUUUUAAGAGCCCUAAACCACACUUUAUACAAAACGAACCCUAUCUUAUUGUUAGCAUUAGUAGGGUGCAGUGUCAUGGGGGAAGUUCCUGUGGUGACGAGCUGACCUCUGCUGAGUGGGUAAGGGUCAGCCAAGCAGCUUGUCUUGGUUAGGCUGAAAACGGACAUCUGUGUCCUGCUGAUAGCAGCUCGCCACGGGUCAGGCGCUGCAUCUUGCCAUCAGCGUGCAGAAGAAGAGCUUCUCCCAGUGCUCGCUUGAGCACGGAGUCUAUCUCGGUGUUCGUGUAUGCAUUCGGCAAAUCCAGGUGGGCCUGCUCGGGGUCGUGCCUUCGUGCAGUGUCAGGGCACAGAGCCCGGGCGGCUUUGGAGGGACUUUGCUUGUCCCUUCCCUCCUCUUCCUGCACCCACCGCUUGCCGAGCAGCCGGGAUCACCAGCGCCUGCCCUCGCCGCCGGCACGCUUGGCUUUGCCGCCCCGCAGCAGAGCCGCUCCGGUGCUGGCUGGCUGUUUCAGCAGAGGCACGUUUAAUGCUGGGGGCAUCACAGUGGCAGCGCUGAUCAGAAACUAUUUGCAUAUUCUGAAACACAGAAGGCACUCUGAAACAGCAGGCUCACUGUGGAAAGUCUGCAGCUGUAUAAGGAGUGCUGGGGAGAGAUGCUGUCUUCUGUGAGAAAUGAAAAAGGAAGAUACGAAACUGCAGAGACUGGAGAAAGAAAAUACAGUGUGAUAAAGCAUUAUUCGACCUAAAGAGUUUCCUAAUGAAAAGGGGAAUGAAGCUCACCAGAAGCCAAUAGGAAGGUCACGAGCCAAUUCAGAUGCGCUGCUGUUCCCGUAGAGACUUUGUUGCUUCCCCUCAGACCUAUGUGACUCUGGUGGAAGGAUCAUGACCGAAGUCCUCUUCUCUGCUGCUUUGAAUGGAACUGAACCCAACCUAUUAUCCAGCAGCGGCUGGUCUGCGGGAAACGCCACCACCAAGUGUUCCCUGACCAAAACCGGCUUCCAGUUCUAUUACCUGCCCACCGUCUACAUUCUGGUCUUCAUCACUGGGUUUUUGGGCAACAGCGUGGCCAUCUGGAUGUUUGUCUUCCACAUGAGGCCUUGGAGCGGCAUCUCGGUUUACAUGUUCAACUUGGCCCUAGCCGAUUUCUUGUAUGUCUUGACUCUGCCCGCCCUCAUCUUUUACUACUUCAAUAAAACAGACUGGAUCUUCGGCGAUAUCAUGUGCAAGCUGCAGAGGUUCAUCUUCCAUGUGAACCUGUACGGCAGCAUUUUGUUUCUAACGUGCAUAAGUGUGCACAGGUACACGGGAGUGGUGCACCCCUUGAAGUCGCUGGGGAGGCUGAAGAAGAAGAACGCGGUGUACGUCAGCACCCUGGUCUGGGUCAUUGUGGUGGCCGUGAUUUCUCCCAUACUCUUCUACUCGGGAACGGGGAUAAGGAGAAAUAAAACCACGACAUGCUACGACACAACAGCUGAUGAUUACCUGAGAAGUUACUUCAUUUACAGCAUGUGCACCACCGUGCUGAUGUUCUGCAUCCCAUUCAUACUGAUUCUUGGUUGCUAUGGGCUCAUUGUGAAAGCUUUGAUUUACAAAGAUUUGGACAAUUCUCCUCUCAGGAGAAAGUCGAUUUACCUGGUUAUUAUUGUGUUGACGGUCUUUGCUGUGUCUUACCUUCCCUUCCACGUGAUGAAGACCUUAAAUCUAAGAGCCAGAGUGGAUUUUCAGACUCCACAAAUGUGUGCCUUCAACGAUAAGGUUUAUGCCACUUACCAAGUGACGAGGGGUCUGGCCAGCCUCAACAGCUGCGUCGACCCCAUUCUUUACUUCCUGGCAGGCGAUACCUUUCGAAGGCGGCUUUCCAGGGCGACCAGGAAAUCGUCCAGAAGAAGUGAACACAACGUGCAGUCCAAAAGCGAGGAAAUGACUCUCAAUAUUUUAUCAGAGUACAAACAGAACGGAGAUACCAGUUUGUGAACAAAUGCGAAAGAUUUCGGAACAGUUUGAAAAAAUCCUCCGCUUUGAGACAGUAGGAUACUGUAGUGCUACAAGUGUGUGAGGAAAAUCUACCAGUCUCUCAAAUUCGCUUUAGGUAAAGCCUCAUUUUCUGAUCUUAGAAAAAGCCUAACAAAGUCAGUGGAAGAUUUUUAAUGGAGAAUAACGUGUCAAAAUUCAGCUUUCCUUCUCCUUACAAUAUUCUCGUUUCUUUCUGACUUGUGUCAGAUAAAGUAAAAUGAAGUAAAUCCCCUGAAGGAAGAAAGCGAUCCAAGUGCUUCUGUUUUAAUGACUUAGUCUCCCACGUUCAAAAAUGUUCUCAAUCAGCCUCUCUUUAAAAAUAGGAAAUAAAAAUAAGAAAGAGCAGUAUCUUCUCGUCUGAGGCUCAGUCCACAUGCCUAGCCUUUCACUCACUUGCCGUUGUAAACAAGUAUUUAAAUCAAAGUCACGAUGCAGUUAUCUCACCUUUGCAGUUUUAUUACUUCUUCAUCUACUUCUAGUGUUGAUAAUUAUUUGAUAGUUCGGUAGCAUUUAUGAUUCAGUCUUCUUUGAGUGCCGGUGUUUUACAAAAGGUAGGCUUACUGAUGUGUGCAUGAUUAUGCUUUCAGAUUACGAUGGUUGUUCAUGAAAAAUCUGGACCCCCUUUAAAGGCAAAUUGGCUUCCAGGUGAACUGACACCUCAGCCCCUGGCAGACAGAUAAGCAGGUCGCUCUAGGAGCUGGUGCAAGCAGGCGCCUGCUUUGCACGUGCACGUAGCGGUGCGUUUCGUGAACAGAUGUCGGCGGGCGAACGCGUGCGGAGGCGAUUCGGUUCUGAGCGGCCGACGGUCCGAUCCUGCCUUCCGUGCCGAGGAGAACCGGCGCGUUGUCAGCCGGAGGAACGGCGGGACGGGGCCGAGCGCGGACUGGGCUCGCCUGGGGAGCGCCCGCGCCAGCUCUGCGGAGCUGGGGGCGAGACGCCCGUCCCAAAGGCUGACCAGCAUCUCGCUGCGGCGCGAACGCCUGACUGCCGGCGCUGGGAGCCUUGCUGGAGUUCUUUACGGGUAAAACGUGAGACGUGUGUGUGCUGAAAAUAACUGUACCUUUCAGACAAGUAAAACUACAGUUGCUCGAGUUACCUGCGUUUUCGUUUGGUAUGAAAAUGUUUCUGUUCCUGGCAAUCUUUAGAGGCAACGUAAGAGUUGUUUCCCAAGAAAAUAAUCGUUACGAUGGAUAAUAUAAAUGGAUUAUAUAUUAUAUAUAUAUAUAAAAAAUAAUUGGGGGAAUUAAUUUUUUUGUACUGUGACAAAUAAAUGACUGUAUUAACGAGAUGUUGCGAUAUACUACAGACUAAAUCCGGCCCUUUAUUAUAUAUCUUCUCCAAAUGUGGAACAGGUCAUGCAAAAUUAGCCAAACUGCAAUAUUGUGUAACACAAGAGCUAGUGAUGAGAGCACAGACGAAAUCUCACAUGAGCAGUCUUACUCAUUUCUCAUAUUUUUCAGAAAUGUAUUUGAAAAUAUUGUGUGCUAAAAAUGGUAUGAAAGCAUGCUCUAAAUUAUAAAUUUAGUGUACAAAAUUAAGUUCUAUGUAAUCCUAAGGGUGAUUUUAACAGAUCUUCAUUCCUCCAGUCUUCAUAGUAAAAGUAAAAUAUUUAUAUUUUACUUACUAAUUUCCAGUGAUUGGUAACAACAAGAAUAGCUCUAGUUAUUUUUUGACAACAUUGUAAAGCAGCUUCUGUUCACACGUACAGCUUCUUAAUCUGCCAAGUCCCUAUUUAUUGAACUUAUUUAUUAGAAAGCUAAAUGUAAAGUAUGUAAAGUGUGGUUCUCCGUGUUCAUAUUCAGAAUUGGGCAUUAAUGGAAAAUUUAACAGCAUGUUUCAAUCACUGUAAUACUGUGUCUUCUAACAGAACAUCUUUGUAAUAAACUCAAUUCCACCCUGACUAUUCACUGUUGAUAUGUAACCUAGUGAUAAAUUGAACUACUGAUUUAUAGCCUAGAGAUAAAUUAAACUACUGCUUAGGAAGCAUAGCUUCUUAAGGCAAUAUUAAGAUCUCAUUUAGCCCUAUAAGAUGAAAAAUGUAGAGGUAGUGAAGAAAUCCCAACCAAGGGUCAAUUGCUAAUUAAUCCCUACUGACAAAAGACUGUGGAACAGCACAGCCUAUUUAUAUCACCGGAGAAUGAGCCUGAUUCACAAUAAAUGACUUCUCCUAUUAUGUGAUUAUUUGAGACUUCAUUCAGCUGAGGCGUGUCUUGUUUGGAAUGGCAGAGGAAUUAAAUGGAGAGAGCGCAUAAAAAUAGGAUAUUCUCUGAAUCUGCUUCUCUAGGUUUAAAAUCGUGUUCAUUUCGCAGCGUUUCGUGGUCUAUUUCUCUCUUUUCUUUCAGUUAGGAAAUAAAAUGUUCCACUAAUUCAUGUCUGAAAAAAGAUCCUAAACAGACACAGCAGAAUGUAAAACCGCACACCCAGGUUGGUCCUUAUGUAGUUACUUACAGUCUUUUUGCAAUAUGUCUCUUUAAUAUGGCAAAGUUGGCUGACUAUUACAGUGUGUAUGAAAUCCAAGCGCAACAGAAUUCUGCGGGCCCAGCUAUAGCAGGCUGGGCAAGCUGCAGGAGAGACCCACGGUCUGGAUGGACACCCUGCCAGGGAGAUCCACCUUCUGGAGCUCAGGACAGCCGUGCCUCUCUCAUAUUGUCUUCCCUGCAGUCCUCUGGGUCUCGGACACCUGCAGUGUUUUUAUGCUUUCCUCGUGAACCCGUUGAAAGCUCUCUCUGUUUCAUCUUGCUUUGCUGAAGAGAACUCUGCAGUUGGCGAGAUGAUUCACCCAGUUCAUUACUGAGGUCUGUUCUGAUACUUUAUUUAAUGAAGAUCACUUUCACUGAUGAUCAGCCAUGGCAGGCAACUGCACUCGGCAUCUUCACCUCACGGAAGCGUACAGGAGCCUCCCACCGAACACUGAGAAGGAUCAUUAAAUGCAUUUUACACGGAGUUUAUUUUCCAUCUUUCAGAUCCUAUGGCCUGCAGAGCUAACACCUCAAACCGCAUCCUGCUCCGAUGUGACACCCUGCUGUACGAGAUGUCACAGCCUCCUCUGAAUCCAGCUGGCACUUGAAGCUGAGCCUCACAAUCUCAUGUAAAGUUCCUGCUCUUUUUUUAAGCAUUGCUGUAUUUGACAUGGGGUAGUCACAACCUCCGUGAAGUCACACCAAAUUCCUAUCUCCUCCCACAUGAUUACUUUUUACCUGCAACAUGACGGAAUCGUGUCUGUUGGGCCAUCCCAUCAGAGAGGAGGCUGGUCAGACCGGAGGGAUUGGACACCACCGGGACAAAAACCAGGCAGUGUGAUGGCUGGAGCCAUUAGCUCCUGGGGAACUUGGCAAGUCUGUUGUUAAAUAUUUGCCUUUUGGCGCUUACCUUUAUUAUAAUACGGAGGGCAAUCAGUCCACCAACGUUAGAGGCCCAAGGUGAUUUCUGUGUUUAUCCAUAAACCUCUGACGGGAAUGGUCGAAGAAGCCUUUCCCUAAGCCACUCGACGGGAGUUUCUGAUCUAUCCGAUACACAAAGAGAAGGCAAUCUCAGCUACAGCCUUUGGACUGUUAAUUAAUAAUCAAUGCUGACAAUGGGUUGGGUUUACUAGGAACUAGAUUCAGCACAUCGUCUCACUACAGGAAGACCACCUAAAACUUCCAUCUUCCCUUGUGCUGUAGUAGCCUUCAGCUAGCAAAUGAGAUUAAACAUUUUAUGAUUUCACAGUCAUGCUUUUAACCUAUUUUUCCUCUGGGUAUAUUUGGGAAUCUUUUAAUAACUACAAAUCAUUCACUGAAGACACCAAAAGGUUUGAAGUAAAUAGUUAUUUAGAGCUUAAGUUUUGCCAAAGCAUUCUACAAUGCUCCACGCUGAAACAAAUUAUUAUUCAUUAGCUGUAUUUUGCUUCCUCCAGCUCACAGGGUUACUUUUUUUUCUCGUUUUAUGCCCAUUAACUCUUACAUAUGGUAAUCUUUAACACAAAAUGAAAUCGUUAUGAAACCUGCGCAUGAUCUGCUGUCAGUUUGUACAUUCUUGUAACGCAGCACCACGGAUUUUUUUGUUUUAAUCCAGUUCAUAUGACACCAAGUUAAUGAAAUAAUGAUGAGACAUAGGGAACCAGAAGUAUCUUGCCUGACCCUGUUCUCAGCAGGAGAUUGCACUCAAUGCCCUGGUAAGCUGCCUCCCAGCCCGAAUUCCCCUGCGAUCCUGCGGCAGUUGGCUGCGGGAAGCUGCAGGGCCGUUUCUGUGGCUGACGGCCCGUGAGCGAACGCCGCGGAGCAUCCCGCUGCCUUCCUGGCCGUGCCCAAGGGCAGAAGCUGAAGAUCUGUUUCCAUAGUGUGGGCCCAUAGACUGGACCCUCGAGGUCAUGCGGUAUGAGUUUUCCUGAGCCUGGCAUCCCCUUUCUGGAUGAGGAAGGACAAGGUGGGGUGGACAGCGGGACGCAAGGCUGCGGGCGCGUUGGGUGCCUCUGGCGCAGGUGCCCGGCCGAGCUGCAGGAGCCGCGGCUGCUCCAGCUGCAGGGCUGAGUCCGUCUGGAGCCCGCUGAGCCCAGCGCGCUGGUCCCGCCGGCGCUGGUCCCGCCAGGAGCUGGGCAGAACGCGUUGUGGAAAGGGGCUCUGCUUCCCCGCUGCCACACACAGGCAGUCCCACCCGGAAAGUCAGGGCUGUAGCAGGUAAAUGCGCUGGCCCCGGGGGUGCCAGGACACAAAAAAACUGAUAAUUGCCUUUCUGGGGUUCGGGUUUUUUUUUUCCUUGUUGCUAGUUUUUGUCUUCAGAUUGGUCCAGAACAAAAACGUUAAUGAGGAGUGGUUUGUCUUAACACAGGUAUUACUUACUUCUGUGAUAAGCUCAUUAUUUUUCAAGUCUAUACAUUCGUACUUGUUACCUGCCAUGGUUAGUCUUCACCUCUGGUAAAAUUUUUGAAAGAAGCUGUAGGCCUGAAGUUGAAUUUCAGUAUGAAAAAUGUAUUCCAAGCUCCUGAGCAGCUGUGCUCAACAUCUGCCAAUUGCAAACUGGGGAUGGUGCAAGCGCUUGGACCAGUAGAGCUGCAGGGGGUGAAACACUGACCCUCGGGUGGACGUUGGUUUAGACAGCACUAAAAUCCCUUAACUUUAAAAAAAAAACCACAACAACUAUAGCUGCUUGAAUAGGACUCUUUCACCCUGCUUACCUUUGCUAUAUUAUUUCUAACUUCAGGUGCGUUGCACUGAAUCAGAAUCUACUACAGAAUAGGAUUUCCAGAGCCUAACUGUAUUGGCACAGUAAUUUCAAAUACUUUGAAGACAUACAACUUGUGAAUUAAAACCACUACUUAUUUUGUGGCUGUGAAUUACAGUGUGUUUCAAGGAUAUAUGUGAAAAUGUUUAUUUUUCUAUUGUACUGUGAUUUUAAUAUUGAUGAGUAGGUUUAAUUUUUGUGUAAAUACUAGUGAAAUUUGACUGCAAUGUCUGCAGAGACAGUGCUACUUGGUAUUUAAGCUCAGGUUAUGUAACUGCUUUAAUUAAAUAGUAGAAAAAAAAUCCCCUUAUUUGUCUAUAAUUUUAAUGAAUAAAAAGAUUUUUGUUUUUUAAUAAAGCACGAGGUUGUUUGCAUGUACAUUUACUGUUAGGCAUGGCUUUUGAAGUCGUAACUAUUUUUAGUGGCAGCAGAACCGCAGCCACAGAGUUACUGGCACUGUACCUAGCAACCUCACUUUGAAACCGCUCCAAUAAAAUUAUGAAACCCUU